AUGAUUCACCGGGAUCAGAGUGAGGAUAUAGCUCAGAUAUCUGACAGCACAGACACUACUGAGAUUUCUACUAAAUCUCAUGUGGCCUCUAUUAAGGCCAAUGUUUUAAAUGGUACAGCCAUGGUGACCAUAUGUCACAACGAGAGCACCUUCACUAAACAACAUCAGCAGCACCAGCUACAACAGGAUCAAACUAACGAUGAUGGCGAAACAAAUGAUGCGCCCGGCUCAUCGAAUCACACCGACACGCAUUGUGGCGUCGGUGGGUCGACACUGCCUGCAGCAGGGCUAUCUCUGUCAGCAACAUCCGUAGGCAGCACACCGUCGAGCAGCGCUGAAGCGACAAAUACCAACAAUUUCAAUUAUUACACGAGCGCCGCUGAAACGGUGGUAGCAACGGCUGCCACAGCUGCAACGCAGCGACAUGCUGUCGCAGCAACGGCACUACUACAACCCCCAUCACAAACGUGGCUGCCAUCAUCAGCUGUGGCGGCCUCAUCAGCAACAGCGCACUAUCCACCACCACACCAGCAACAUUAUGCCACGAGCAACGCAGUGGCGCCAUUGUCGGAUGCCUUUCACCACCAGCAGAUGCAACUACAGCUACAACAACAAUACGAGCAGCGCUAUCAACUGCAAAUAGCCUAUUUUCACCAGCAACAGCAGGCGCCGCCGUCGCAAUCGCAGCAAGAAGACCAAUCAGCAACGUAUGUAACGUCACAACAGCCGUCUACACAAUACCAACAUGCGGCGGCCACAACAACAACAGUAAAUCAACAAGCAGCACGCAGCAACAGACAAGCAACGCAGUCGACAGCCACACACCACACAACGACCACAUCACAAACAGCAACAACAACACAGCAGCAGCAACCUGCAGCAAUGGCGCACGCGUUGACACACGCCACACAGCAAUAA